CGACUUAAUAUAUGACAUGUAAAAUGUGACACUAUAAUUAUAGUCAAAAUGUUUUGUUCCAUAUUUUGCGAAUGGCCUUCGGGAGAAUUUAAAUGUCUGUAAAUAGAUACGUAUUUGAAUUUGAGGAUCGAUUGAGACUUAGCUUUAAAAUCGCCAAGUGGAUGUUUACAUUUCUGAUUUGUUCCAAUUGACGCGUAGUUGUGCAGCGAGAAAGAUUAUUAUAAACAACUCUUGAGUGCAAUAAUGGGUAAUGCAGGAAGCAAUCAGCCCGUUAGCCACCAUCAUAGUGGUGCAGUAAGCAGAGAACACCGACAUAACAAAGAGAUUCCACCACCUUCUCCAGGAAAAGAAGGCCAGGCAAUCAUCUUUGAUAAAAGACACCCUAUUCGCCAGUCUUACGAGGAAGAAGAGUCGUACUUUACAAAAAAUACCCAACAAGAUGCAGAAAAUUUUGGAUCACAGCGACCAAGAUCUAACACUGUCUCUGAAGGAACAAAAGUUGCGGACAAUAAAGUACUACCGACUGUUUUCAAAUGGGAAGGAGGAGGGAAGCAAGUGUAUAUUAGUGGAACAUUCACUGAAUGGAAAACAUUGCCAAUGGUGAAGAGCCAUGGGGAUUUUGUAACAAUAAUUGAUUUACCAGAGGGAGAGCAUCAGUAUAAAUUUUUUGUUGACGGAGAGUGGAGACAUGAUCCUGGCCUGAAAAUUGUGGACAAUGGUAUGGGUUCCAAAAAUAACUUAGUUUCUGUAAGAAAAUCUGACUUUGAAGUAUUUCAAGCCCUUGCAAAGGACAGCGAAGGCGUAAUCAGUAGCGCCCAAACAGAAUAUGGGCAAGAAAUACCACCGCAUAAACCUUGGGAGAAAGUAGCUGGUCCGCCCAUCUUACCGCCACAUUUGCUGCAAGUUAUCCUUAACAAGGACACACCAUUGUCUUGUGAGCCUACUCUUCUGCCUGAACCAAAUCACGUUAUGUUAAACCAUCUCUAUGCCUUAAGUAUCAAAGACAGCGUAAUGGUCUUAUCAGCUACGCAUCGUUAUCGCAAAAAAUACGUUACAACUUUGCUUUAUAAACCGAUCUAAAUGUUAAGUCAUUCCUGUAUUUGUUGGUGCUGUUCGGUUUUUAACUAUCGCGAAAUAACAGAUGCCCGAGUGACGCGACAUUGACGAAAGCUUUACGAGGCUUUUACAUGGCAGGGUAGAAGAUUAUAAUAUUCAGGAAUGUACGUUUAUCGUUGUUUAUUAUACCUCAGUCGCGUGUAAAAUAAUGUAAUUACUAUUUAUUAAAGCCAAAUAUUUUA